AUGGUAGAGGGCCCCUAUGAGUUACUCAGCCAAAGCGCGGAUUUGCAGCUAGAAGAGCUAGAGUUGCUCUACUGCUGGACUAUGUUUACAAGUCAUGGUUUUGGCGACAAGCUAAUAGAUGUCAAGGCAUGGCAGCUCGAGAUUCCUCAGGUCGCCUGCAACCAUCCGUUCUUGAUGCAUGGGAUCCUGGCUGUUUCCGCCCUGCACAAGUCACGUGCCGAACCGGAGACCAGUCAGCAGUACCUUGUUCGCACUGUCCACCACCAGAACAUAGCGCUUCCAUUCUACCGCAAUAUUAUCGAUGAUUUCAGAAAGGAGAUGACGGAAGCGAACUGUCACGCCGUGAUGGCCUUUGCCAGCCUGAUCAUUGCGUUCGCCUUUGCCGACCUCGACGCUGUCCCGGCAAGCGCAUGUGGCGUAGCUUCACGAUCCACCAUCCCAGAAUGGAUCCAUCUCCUCCGUGGCGGUCGCAAGGUUCUCCAAGUCAUCAAGUCCUGGAUCAUCAAGGGUCCUAUGGCCUUCCACCUCCGACAGGCAGAAGGGGACAUCAAUCUCUCUCGCAACCCUGACGAUGCGAGGCUCGCUGCCCUCGAGGUCCUUUUCGAGGGGCAAGACUCAUCACAUGAGCUUCCGGAUAGCGAAAGAGAAGUCUAUCGCACAACCCUGAGACUUCUGCGCCAAAGUUUCGCGAUAUCUCUAUCACCGGACCAACCUUUGGGGAUCAAGUUCUCCAUGUUCUUGUGGAUUGAACGCUUCCCGCAGGAAUAUCUCGAGCUCCUGGACCUGCGGAAACCCGAGGCAGCUAUUCUCCUGCCCCAUUUCUGCCUUCUGCUGGAACGAGGCGCUGCCUCUUGUUGGUACAUGGUGGGCGCCGCCGGGCAGCUGGUCACAGCUCUGUACAACGCACUAGGCGACAAUUGGAGGGUGUGGAUGGCCUGGCCUCUUCAGCAGAUCAACCCUGGCUAA